CUUAUUUCGCUUUGGAAUUUCUCGCGGCCCGAAAAUAAAAGCGUCGCCAACUCAACUCCAGUGCAGCAGCAGCAGCAGAGCCAGCCGGUAGCCAAGCAGCAGAGAGCGGAGCAAAGCAACCGAAAACACCCACACAGUUUCUUUUUCCAGAUCGAACUUUACGCAAGUAUCAAAGAUGACCACCUACUUCAACUAUCCCAGCAAGGAGCUGCAGGAUGAGCUCAGGUCGAUCGCCCAGAAGAUUGUUGCCCCCGGCAAGGGUAUCCUGGCCGCCGAUGAGUCCGUCUCGACCAUGGGCAAGCGCCUAAAGGAUAUCGGCGUUGAGAACACCGACGAGAACCGUCGCGCCUACCGCCAGCUUCUGUUCACCACUGACGAUAAGUUGGCCGAGAACAUCUCGGGCGUCAUCUUGUUCGACGAGACUGUGUACCAGAAGGCCGAUGACGGCACUCCCUUCGUCCAGCUGUUGAAGAAGAAGGGCAUCAUUCCCGGCAUCAAGGUCGACACUGGUGUUGUCAACCUGAUGGGCUCUGAGGACGAGACGACCACCCAGGGUCUUGAUGAUCUGGCCAAGCGUUGCGCCAAGUACAAGAAGGAGGGAUGCGACUUCGCCAAGUGGCGUUGCGUCCUCAAGAUUGGCAAGAACACCCCAUCCUACCAGGCCAUCCUGGAGAAUGCCAACGUGCUGGCCCGCUAUGCCUCCAUCUGCCAGUCGGAGCGCAUUGUCCCCAUCGUGGAGCCCGAGGUGCUGCCCGAUGGUGAUCACGAUCUGGAUCGCGCCCAGAAGGUCACUGAGACCGUUCUGGCUGCCGUCUACAAGGCCCUGAACGACCACCACGUCUACCUGGAGGGCACACUCCUCAAGCCCAACAUGGUCACCGCUGGCCAGGGCGCCAAGAAGAACACACCCGAGGAGAUUGCCCUGGCUACAGUCACGGCCCUCAGCCGCACUGUGCCCGCCGCUGUUCCCGGCAUCACCUUCCUGUCGGGCGGUCAGUCCGAGGAGGAGGCCUCUGUCAACUUGAGCGCCAUCAACAAUGCCCCAGCGCCCCGUCCCUGGAAGCUGACCUUCUCGUACGGUCGUGCCCUGCAGGCCUCUGUCCUGCGCGCCUGGGGUGGCAAGAAGGAAAACAUUGCCGCUGGCCAGCAAGAACUCAUCAACCGCGCCAAGGCCAAUGCACUCGCCUGCCAAGGCAAAUACGUGGCUGGUUCGAUUCCCUCAUUCGCGGCAUCUACCAGCUUGUUUGCUAACGGCGAUGCCUCUUUGGGCAAAUACGUUGCUGGCAGCGCUGGUUCCGGUUCCGGUUCCCUGUUCAUUGCCAACCACGCCUACUAAGGCGGGCAGCAGCAGAUCAUAAAAACGCGAAUUGCUGAGAAAAAGGAAUUUACGUUUCUCUUUUUCGGUAAUUUUCAUUAUUUAUUAUCUAAGUUACCAAGCAAGCAAAACGCUAAAAAGAAGCAAA